GCUCUGCCGGUGCGCGCAUGCGCGGCUCGCCCGGCGGAAGCGGAAAGGUGUCUGUGCCGCGCGCAGGGGCGGUUGGGCGCGUGCGUUGCCAUGGAGAGCGGGGCAGAGGAGGGCGCGUGACGGCGGCCCCCCUUUUCCCGCCCGGCGUCGCCCAACGAAAAGAUACAGAAGACAAUGGUGAAAAAAAUCACUUUCUUGAGAAUGGGGCUUUUUUUUGCAUAAUUCCAAUUUAAUUGUGGAACUUUCCAUCAAAGGAUAAUUUUUGAUUCCUGGGUUGUGACAGAUUAUUACCUGUUUGCAUUCAAUGGGACGCCGAAUUCACUUUGUGGUUGACCCUCAGGGUUGGUGCUGCAUGGGUCUGAUUAUCUUUGUCUGGCUGUACAACACAAUCUUUAUUCCAAAAGUCAUCCUUUUUCCCCACUAUGAAGAGGGACAUAUUUCAGUUCUUGCAAUUUUGUGUUAUUAUUUCUGCUCAUUGUUUUGUAUAGCUUCAUUACUAAGGGCCUCAGUCGCUGACCCAGGAAAACUGCCUGAAAACCCAAAGAUACCAAUUACAGAACGAGAAUAUUGGGAAUUAUGUAACAAAUGCAAUAUGAUGAGACCAAAGCGUUCACACCAUUGCAGUCGUUGUGGACAUUGUGUGAGGAGAAUGGAUCACCACUGUCCAUGGAUUAAUAAUUGUGUUGGUGAAGACAAUCAUUGGCUGUUUUUACAGCUGUGUUUCUACACUCAGAUCCUUAGUUCAUAUACGCUCAUACUUGAUUUCUGCCAUUACUACUACUUUUUGCCUCUGAAAAAAGAAAAUUGGGAUGUUUUUGUAUUUAGACAUGAACUUGCUCUCCUAAGAAUAUCUGCCUUCAUGGGUAUAAUAAUGUUAGGUGGAAUAAGUGGACUCUUUUACACUCAGCUUAUGGGUAUUUUCACUGACACGACAAGUAUAGAAAAAAUGUCAAACUGUUGUGAAGACAUAUCGAGGCCCCGAAAGCCAUGGCAGCAGACCUUCUCAGAAGUUUUUGGCACGCACUGGAAGAUCCUGUGGUUUAUCCCUUUCAGGCACAGGCAACCACUGCGCGUUCCCUACCACUUUGCCAAUCAUGUCUAAACAGAUGGAUGGUGGGCACAGAUGGGUCCUCCAUGCUGGAAGUGCAUUACAGGUUUUAUGAUAAUAGGACUAUGACAGUCUUCAAGUCAAUUAAAAUCCACCCACCAAUCGUAGACACAACAGUGUGCUCCAGUCUUUAUUUUAAUGGUGGUCUUGAUUCUGUUCUGAGAUUAAUACAAGUUGUAUGUUUCAUUUUAGGCGUAUUUACUUCCAAAUUAGCUUUCCAAGGGGAUUUCUUUUGUAUUUGAGGUUAAUACGAAAACCAAAUGACUGGAAUGCAGUCUUACUCUCUUUGUUUCAUAUUGUUUUUUUUUUUUAUUUUGGUAGAAAACACUGAAGUUUACAUUGAUUGUUAGCUUUCCCACUAAGUGUCUUACUUGGCCUUGAAUUUUUAUCUGUAGAUCUGUCUUGAUAAUAUUUACAUCUUUUUUCUGCUAUAUGUAUUUAAAAUUUGCUAACACUGCCAUUUAUUUAUGAUAUGCAAUAGUAAUCCUGUGGCACUGCACUAUAAAAGGUAACAUUUAAAACUGAUGCAGACUUCUUCCAAAGCCUUCCCCAGAGACAUUUGUAAAAAUACGUGUCAAUGUAUGUGUUUAAAUAGAGAAAUCAAAUGUUACAGUUAUCUUUCUGCAUAAAUAUGAUUAUAGUGAAAAAUUUUCAUGUCUUUAUGUCAUCAAAGGAGAUGAUAUGUUCCAGGGUAAAGUAUGCAGAUAGAAAGCAUGUUUUCCAUAUAUCACAAGGAUUUCUUUGCAAUAAUUCAAUAAAGAAGUUGUAUGGUGCAAAACCUCAAAUGAUUACUUUUCUAAAAAUGUGGAUUUAAUUAGUUUGCAUGAUGUACCAUAAAAAAGAGUAUAUUGUUAAUAAAGUUAUAAAUUUUAUAUUUACGUUAGUUAUGAUUAGCUGGAAUUGGUCUGUGUUUGUAUAUUGGAAAUAUAUGUGAAAAUAUUUUAAAAUAUUUAUACAUCGGAUAUUUGAUACUAACAUGAAUAGUGAAGUACAUUAACUGAUAUAAUAGGUUACUAUGUCAAUGUAGACAGCUUGUUCUGGGCCCUUUAAGUGCAGAAGUAGUUAACCGAAGAAAGCAUCCUUAAGGUUACAUCUGGUAAAAUGAUGAUUUCCAAAGUACUGGAUCAGCUUUGCUGUAUCUGGAAAAAUUGUGUAAUUUAUUCUGCCCUUCUGGAUCUGUACAUAUACCAGCAGGACAUGAUGUUUGAAAGUUCUGUGAAUUUUUUCAGAAAUUCACAGCUUUGGUGUGAAUUUUUGUUCAGUUAUGCUGCUUACUGUGUUGUCUAACAGGACUAGGAUCCACCUUAAAUGACAGUCAUGCAACAGGGUAAUGAAGGACAAAAAAUCAGGAUGUGAUAUAGGUAGGUUGAGUUUGGAGAGAAUAGCUUGUUUAUGAACAGUUCAUUGAAAAAGAAGGGCUAGAUUUGUCGUGAGUUUUAUUUAUAAUGUUUUUUUACAUCAGCUCUUUGGAAGUCCUAAACAUAGCCACUGCCAGUGUUGGGUGUCCCUUUAUUGAAUUAACAGAUUUUAAUGAUCUGUUGAAAAUUAUAAAAGGUACAUCUAAAAAAUCACUUGAAGCUUGAGGAAAGUGGAUGAAAAGGCUGGAGCAGUGCUUGGAAUUAAAAAGAAUGUGCAUACAC